ACGGAACUGUCGCAAAGCCAACAUGUACUAUCUGGAUGAGGGCAGCACCACCAGGAACGCCAACUGCGCCUGUAUUGAUGGCUAUCACUUCCCUAACGAGGACCAGAGGGCCUGUUUUUCCAACCCCAUCUGUCAGAAAGGUUAUGCGCCGGGCAUGUAUGCUGUGAGAAGCGAGGUCGGUGCACGGACGUCAAAAGUAAUGGACAGUUUGACAACAUCUGCGGCCCAAAGGUCACUGAUCUGUCGACCUGCAAGGAAAUCGAACCGUCAUCGUCAUCUUCCGAUGUUCUAAAAAUAGCCAUCCCGGCUGGCAUUAUCGGCGCCCUCCUCCUCAUCAUCCUCUUCAUCUUCUUCGUGCGCCGAAAGAAGUACAGACGGCAGCAGUCCAGCAAGAGAGUGCUCACGGUGGAGGAGAUGGAUGAACUCAAGCUGAGGAUCACCAAGGCGUCAGACAGGGACCCGGCCGUGUGUAAGAAAGUUCUGACCACAUCGUGCAGUUUCAUCGAGGAGAGGAUAGAGCGACAGAUCUGGGACCUGGCCCGAGAGUUGUUCCGGCCGCACCACAUCGACGGCAAGUACGAGCUGAUCGUGGACAAGUACAAAGAGAGCCAGGCCAAGUACACGGUGAACGGCUACCUCCUGGAGUGGCGGGACUGGCGGGGAGAUAGUAAAGACGCCGUGGCCGAGCUGUUCCGGUGUCUACGACAGGUCAAGAGGGAUGACAUCAUCAACGAGAUCUGCGCCUGCCUCAGAAAUGACAUCGAAUUCAGCGAAGAUAGCCAGAGGCAGUCGAGGCACUCGUCCAACAAAAAGUCCAUGAGGGACGAGUGCGUCUACAUUUUCUUCCCUUGCUGCUACGGAGGGAAAGAAAAGUCCUCCUCCUCCUCCUCCUCCUCCUCCUCCCACUCUUCCGGUGCCGCAGUCGUGGUGGAGGCAGACGCCGGCGAGGCGGGAACCAAACUCCUGGCCUACCCGACAGACGACAUCGACGAGGGCAGUGACAGUGCCGGGGGUGACGGGGGUCAGAGGACAGCGCCCGGAACUUUCUACCGCUCCCACCCCUCGCCCAGCGCGCCGGAGCUGGACGAGCCGUCUGGCGGGGGUGGGGGGUUCCCCAGUCUGGACAAUGUCAAGUACAAUCGCCAGUUCUCGCAGCCUGUGCAAGCGACGUCUUGAGUUGACCCGUGUCAUGUGUGAUUGUGUGGGUGUGUGAUUGUGUGUGUGUGAGCGUGUGUGUGUGUGUGUGUAUGAGCGUGUGUGUGGUUGUGAGCGUGUGUGUGUGUGUGAUUGUGUGUGUGUGUGUGCGAAUGUG